UCCCCCUCCUUUUUUUCUAUAACAAAGAGUUUCAGUACUUCAAAACCAAUCUCUCUCUCUCUCUCUCUCUCACACACACACACACACACACAAACACACAGUCUCACAUGAUGCCUAAACCAACAUUCCAACCCAAUCAGGUCAUCUCUCUUUACAUUGCCUUCUUAGCCUCCUUUGCUUCCUUAGCAACCAUCACUGCAACAGCCAGUCCUAUGAAUGUCACUAUAACUCUUUCUCAACAAUUCAAAGAAGCCCCAGAAUUCUUGAAUUCCCCAAACUGCCCCUCCGUCCCGGACAAAGACACCGGUGAAGACAGCUACGUGUGCUCCGACAAUGCCGUCCACGUAGCAAUGACCCUUGACGCCGCCUACCUCCGCGGCUCCAUGGCCGCCAUCCUCUCCGUCCUCCAACACUCCUCCUGUCCACAGAACAUAGUCUUCCACUUCGUUGCCUCGGCUUCCGGAGGCCCGUCCCUCCCACGCGCCGCCAUCUCCUCUUCCUUUCCUUACCUGAAAUCCCAAUUCUACCCGUUCGACGACUCUGCCGUGGCCCGCCUCAUCUCCACCUCCAUACGCUCCGCCCUCGACACCCCACUCAACUACGCUCGCACCUACUUGCCCAACCUCCUCCCCCUGUGCGUCACCAAAGUGGUGUACCUCGACUCAGACCUCGUCCUCGUCGACGACAUCGCCAAACUGGCCGCCACCCAACUCGUCGGGGACUCAGUCCUCGCCGCCCCAGAGUACUGCAACGCCAAUUUCUCCUUUUACUUCACACCCACCUUCUGGUCCAACCCUUCUCUGUCCUUGACGUUCGCCAACCGGAAGGCGUGUUACUUCAACACCGGCGUGAUGGUGAUCGAUCUCGACCGGUGGCGGGCCCGGGAUUACACGACGAGGAUCGAGGAAUGGAUGGAGCUUCAGAAAAGAAUGAGGAUUUACGAGCUCGGGUCUUUGCCGCCUUUCUUGUUGGUGUUCGCCGGAAAUAUAGCUCCCGUGGAUCACCGGUGGAACCAGCACGGUCUAGGUGGCGAUAAUUUCCAGGGACUUUGCCGGGAUUUGCACCUGGGUCCGGUGAGUCUUUUGCAUUGGAGUGGGAAAGGGAAGCCUUGGGCUCGAAUUGACGCCAAACGGCCAUGCCCGUUGGAUGCUCUUUGGGCUCCUUAUGAUCUCCUAAAGACUCCAUUUUCUUUUGAUUCUUGAACUACAAAGGUAUAUCUAGAUAUAUAUAUAUAUAUAUAUAUAUAUAUAUAUAGGUAUAUGUAGACAGUAGAUUUAUGAACUGCGCGCAUGAAUGAUGAAAAUAAAUAUUAGGCUGUAUAUAUGAGUGAUAUAGCAAUCCAUAAUAUAUAUAUAUAUGUAUGUAUAUAUAUAUAUACACACACACUGCCUAGUGAAUUAUACACACUUUGUAUAUUCUUUAUCUACCUCUCUACGACUCUACUUAGUACAUGCAUGGAGGAUUUACUGCAGUUUUUGGUUGUAAUAAGAAUAGAUUCCGGCCAAAGCAAUGGAUUGUAAUUAUUAUAAUUAUUAUUAUGUUUUUUUUUUUUUUCCGGUUUAAUUUGAAUUUUUUUUUUUUUUUUUUUAAUGAUCAUAUCAAUCUAUCAUUUCUAAAUAAAAAUAAUUUUUUUUAAUAAAAAAAACACCUUGUUAUAUCUUCACUGAAUUAUUAAUUAGCAUGAUUUCUAGGUUACAAUAAAACACCAUUUUUACUGAAUUACCUCCAGAUCCAUUCUCAUUUUAAGAAAUUCUUUAGGAA